GAUUUCGGAUUCAAUGAGAUCCAAUCCUCCCCAUAUCUUCAUUCUUCUCUUCACUCGCACCCAAAUCACUCCACCCCGUCUCUCUCUCUCUCUCUCUCUCUCUCUCUCUGUGUGUGCCACUUUUCCUGUUUUAGCCAUGGCUAACCAACUCUGAAAAUGGACACACAGAGAGAAGGUACCACUCCUCAAUCAUGAUAACGGUUUUUCUCUGCAAUAGUCUUUUUCCUAUUUUGAAACAUGCCUAACCAACUUCCAGAUUCUUCAUGUUCCUAGAGAGAGAGUGGGUGUGUGUGUGAGAGGCAGUAGUCAUUCAUGACAAUGCAUUUUCUUGAACUGUUCUUGCUCUCGCUGCUCAUAACCACAAGCUCGUCCUCCCCUGAUCCCCAACUAAACGACGACGUGCUCGGCCUCGUCGUCUUCAAAUCCCAACUCCACGACCCUCUCUCCAGCCUCCAGUCAUGGAACGAGGACGACGACUCCCCAUGCUCGUGGGAAUUCGUCCAGUGCAACCCGUCCACGAACCGGGUCACCCGAAUCACCCUCGACAACUUAUCCCUGUCGGGCAAAAUCGCCACCAAAGGCCUCCAGAAGCUCACCUCGCUCCGAACCCUCUCUCUUUCCAACAACAACUUCACUCUCUCUCCUGAAUCAUCUCCACUCUCUCUCAUCAUCAUCCCCACCCUUGAAAAACUCAACCUCAGCCGUAACGGUUUUACCGGCCAAAUCCCAACUUUCGCGCCAGACGCCGCUUGUGGUCUCAAGUUUCUUGACGUUUCCUGGAACUCAUUCUCCGGUCAAAUCCCUGAUGGGCUCUUCAAAACUUGCACUGCCCUCCGGUUCGUUUCGGUCGCCGGGAAUUCCCUCGAGGGUUCGAUUCCCGGCUCGAUAUCCUUGUCGGAUUCUCUCAGUCACCUGGAUUUGUCAAAUAACCGGUUUUCUGGCGAUUUCCCGGGCUUCGUUAACGGGGUUGCUUCGUUGACGAGGCUUCGGGUUUUGGACCUCUCGCACAAUGCAUUAUCUGGGGUCAUUCCGAAUGGAAUAUCUGUGAUACAUAAUCUAAAAGAGCUCAAACUACAAGGGAAUCGUUUCUCUGGAAAUCUUCCAGUCGAUAUGGGGCUUUGUCCGCAUUUGAGUAAGGUAGAUUUGAGUGACAAUCUCUUCACUGGAUCAAUUCCAAGUUCGCUCGGUUUGCUGAAUUCUCUAAGUUUUCUGAGUUUAUCAAACAAUAUGUUUACUGGGGAUUUGCCUAACUGGAUUGGCAAUAUGAGUAGCCUAGAGUACAUAGAUUUGUCGAAGAAUGGGUUCACUGGAGUCUUGCCAUUUUCCAUUGGAGAUCUGAAAUCACUGAAUUAUCUUAGUGUGGCAGAUAAUAAGUUAAGUGGAACUAUACCCAUUUCACUGAUGUACUCUACCGAGUUAUCGGUGAUUCGGUUAAGGGGCAAUGCCUUCAUCGGUAGCAUACCGGAGGGACUGUUUGAUUUAGGCCUAAAUGAGGUUGAUUUUUCUGGGAAUGAAUUGAGUGGCCUCAUCCCUACUGGUUCAAGCAAGAUAUUCGAAUCACUUCGAGUAUUGGAUCUGUCUAGGAACAGGCUCACUGGGGAUAUUCCAGCAGAAAUGGGUCUGUUUUCGAAACUGACAUACUUGAAUCUGUCAUGGAAUGGCUUAAAGUCUAGGAUUCCACCAGAGCUGGGGUACUUUCAGAACCUAACUGUGUUAGAUCUGCGAAACGCUGCAUUGUUUGGAUCCAUUCCAGGUGAUAUAUGCGAUUCACGUAGCUUGGGGAUCCUUCAGUUGGAUGGAAAUUCAUUGACAGGCUCCAUUCCUCAGGAUAUUGGAGACUGCUCCUCUCUCUACCUGUUAAGCUUGUCCUACAACAGCUUAACUGGUUCAAUUCCCAAGUCCAUUUCAAUGUUGAACAACCUCAAGAUUCUCAAGUUGGAGUCCAACCAGCUGAGUGGAGAGAUACCACAGGAGCUUGGGAAGUUGGAAAAUCUACUUGCAGUCAACAUAUCAUACAACAGGCUCACAGGCAGGCUCCCUGUUGGAAGCAUAUUCCAAACCUUGGAUCAAAGUUCUAUCGAGGGCAAUCUGGGCAUUUGCUCGCCCUUGUUGAAAGGGCCAUGCAAAAUGAACUCCCCAAAGCCUCUAGUUAUUGACCCGCAUGCCUACGAAAAUCAAAUGGGUGGUGGUCACAAACCCAACGGCGAAUCCAGAAAUUUCAGCCACCAUAAUAAGUUCCUCAGUGUCUCGGCUAUCGUCGCGAUCUCAGCAGCUGUGGUGAUCCUAGUUGGAGUGGUGGUCAUAAGCCUCCUAAACGUCUCUGCUCGAAGGAGGCUCGUGUUCGUGGACAAUGCGUUGGAAAGCAUGUGUUCAAGCUCAACGCGAUCCGGAAGCCUCCUGGCCACGGGAAAACUGGUGUUGUUUGGCAGGAAGGUGCCCCCGGAUUGGAUGAGUUGUAGCCCUGAAUCCUUACUUGAAAAGGCAACCGAAAUCGGUGGGGGUAUUUUCGGAACAGUAUAUAAAGCAACACUGGGAGAGGGUGAAGGAAGAAGAGCAGUGGUUGCAAUCAAGAAGCUUGUGACAUCAAACAUAAUCCAAUACCCGGAAGACUUCGAUCGCGAAGUCCGAGUCCUAGGCAAAGCCAGGCAUCCAAAUUUGGUACCCCUCAAAGGGUACUACUGGACUCCUCAGUUGCAACUAUUGGUUUCCGAUUUCGCCCCCAACGGGAGCUUGCAAGCGAGACUACACGAAAGGCCUAUCUCCACCCCUCCCCUACCCUGGUCCGCUCGAUUCAAAAUCGUGCUGGGGACAGCAAAGGGGCUGGCCCACUUGCACCAUUCGUGUCGCCCGCCGAUCAUCCACUACAACAUAAAGCCGAGCAACAUUCUUCUCGACGAGAACUUCAACCCCAUGAUAUCGGAUUUUGGCCUGGCCAGGCUGAUAAAGAAGCUGGACAAGCACGUGAUGACUAGCCGGUUCCAGAGCUCGUUGGGGUACUUGGCCCCCGAGCUGGCGUGCCAGAGCCUGAGGGUGAACGAGAAGUGCGACAUAUACGGGUUCGGUGUGCUCAUACUUGAGCUGGUGACCGGUAGGAGGCCGGUCGAGUAUGGGGAGGACAAUAUGGUAAUUCUGAGCGAUCACGUGAGGGUAACGUUGGAACAGGGGAAUGUGCUGGAGUGCAUUGAUCCGGAGAUUAACGAGUAUCCGGAGGAGGAGGUCUUGCCGGUUCUGAAGCUGGCGUUGGUUUGUACUUCUCAGAUACCGUCGAGCCGGCCCUCGAUGGCGGAGGUGGUGCAAAUACUGCAGGUUAUUGAGACGCCGGUUCCACAAAGGAUGGGGCCAUUCUAGUUGUAGAACAAAAUUUUCUUGCUGUUCGAUUUCAUUUCUGGCAUUCUGUUGGCAUUUGUACUCCAUGCAUUUUUUAUUUUUUUCUGUGUCUUAACUGUUCUUUGUUGUCAUUUCUCAAUUUUAGUGUGUUGUUUUUAUUGUCAUGUAGUAGUAGGGUUGAAUGUUGGAAUUAUGGUUCCUACCAUUUGGUUUGGGAUUCAUGCAAAAUAGUUAGCUCGGUGGGAGCAGCAUUAAUUAACAUUUAGUUUGGGAUCGAUUCAUGUUUUAACA